GGAGUAGUAGUGUUUUGUCCACCCGGCCGGACAGUGAUGCUUGGACAGUAGUAGUGUCCAGACGGCUGAACAGUGAGGCUUGGACAGUAGUAGUGUCCAGACAGCUGAACAGUGAGGCAGUUACUGUGUGAGAAGAAGCAGACUCACCGUGAUAUACUCACCGUGAUAUACUCUCUCACAGUGUGUAGACAAAGAGGUUCACCAACAUAACAUACCCCAGUAUACCCCAGACAGCUGCCCAUACAGACAUACUCUGGCCAGUGACUACCUCAGAGUUGUGAGGUUAUCAGAGAGACUGUGGCAGUGGUUGAGUGAUUAUGGAGUAGUGAGAUAGACUCCUUGUUGAUCAUGCCGCACCAAGACGACGCCCCCAGAGUCUCCAAUGGCAGCCUCCCCAGGAAGAUAACGCCCGGCCUCAUGCCCCCGGGGUCGCCAGGAACCUACCGGAAAAAAUCGGCGUCAUUGGAGCUGCCGGCGGCGCUGCAGCAGCUGCCACGGCCACACCGAGGCAGCAUUUCUGGCGAGUCCAAAAUGGCCGAAGAGAAGCCUUGGCCUAACACCAAGGAGGACUACGAUCUCAGAGAAGUGAUAGGUAUUGGAGCCACAGCAGUUGUACACUCUGCGCUAUGUAUUCCUCGCAGCGAAAAAUGUGCCAUCAAGAGAAUAAACCUCGAAAAAUGGAAUACGAGUAUGGAUGAAUUAUUGAAGGAAAUCCAAGCGAUGUCUCUUUGUCACCAUGAGAAUGUGGUAACGUAUUACACAUCAUUCGUAGUGAAGGAGGAGCUGUGGUUGGUGCUGAAGCUGCUAGGUGGCGGAUCUCUGCUGGACAUCAUCAAACACAGCCCCCAAACACGUGGUACUCCUGAUUUUCAACCUCAGUUGAAGCCAGAAAAAAACAUGUUGCAAAAUAUAAGAGAUCUUUCCAACAGCAGCUCUAAAACAAGAAUGAAGACGUCAGACUGUAAGCAUGGGGUGUUUGAUGAAGCAGUAAUCGCAACAGCGUUACGCGAGGUAUUGAAGGGCCUUGAGUACUUUCACAAUAAUGGACAAAUUCAUAGAGAUAUCAAAGCGGGAAAUAUAUUGUUAGGUGAAGAUGGUGUUGUACAAAUUGCUGAUUUUGGUGUAAGUGCCUGGCUGUCAACUGGAGGAGAUUUAUCACGUCAAAAAUCUCGGCAUACCUUUGUUGGAACUCCAUGUUGGAUGGCACCGGAGGUGAUGGAACAGGUCUCAGGAUAUGAUUUUAAGGCUGAUAUCUGGUCUUUUGGCAUCACUGCAAUAGAGAUGGUGACGGGAACGGCCCCUUACCAUAAGUAUCCGCCCAUGAAGGUCCUCAUGCUCACGCUGCAGAAUGAUCCGCCAACUCUCGAGACAGGUGCCGAGGAAAAGGACCAGUACAAGAGUUACGGGAAGACUAUAAGAAAGAUGAUAACAGACUGCCUGCAGAAAGAUCCCACUAAGCGCCCCACUGCCUCAGAAUUACUCAAACAUCCAUUUUUCAGAAAAGCCAAAGACAAGAAGUACUUGCAGUCUGUAUUAUUGCAGGGGGGGCCAUCGAUAGAGGAAAGAGUCGCCAAGGAUGAACCCUUCUUAAGACGGAGGCAAAAUCGAAGUAAACAACCUGGGGCUUCUGGUCGGUUACACCGAACACAAAGUGGUGACUGGGUCUGGUCCAGUGAUGAAGAGGAAGAAAAAGACGAUGAGGCUGACAAAAUAUCAACGAGUAGUUGUGAGAGUGGAGGAGAAAAAGCGCCACAGUCUCAGCAGACAGAAGCUCCUCAGUCACAGAGUCAAUCAUCGCAGUCUUCUCAAGUCCAGUCGCAGGAGCAGCAACACCAACCACCACAGCCAAGUCCUGUGAUAGUUGCUCAGCCACAGCCACUUCAACCACAAACACCCUCCCAGCAGCAACCUUUGUUGCUUCAGCAACCGCAACCUCCAUUAAAUUAUCAUCCCCAAGUAGCAGCACAGUACCAGCAGCCCAAUGCUGGAGCAGUUCCUGCUCAGGUGUAUCCUGCACAGUACCAGCAGCAGCCUCUCCCUCCCCAGCAAGUGUUGCAGCCAGUUGCUGCCAUCUCACAGCAACAGCAGCCUCAACAGUUACCCCCUCAGCAGUUACUUCCACAACAGUUACCUCCUCAGCCAUAUCCAGUUCAGCAUAUUCCUCAGCAGCCUGUUGGAAUAGCAGGUCAACAGGUGCCAAGUAUGGUACCAGUGAGUGGCAUGGUUCAAGAUGGGAUGAUGGCAGUGCCCAUGGCACCAGUAGUACCUACCAGUAUACCUCCAGGAGUGGCUUACCCACAAGGUGUACCCGAGGUCAUACCCCAAAGUAUGCCGCAGCACCUUCCCAUGGGUGGCAUACAUCACGUGAUAGGUGGGGUAACCGAGGGCCUUGGAGGCUUCGUCAACCAACCCGUCCAGCAGGUUUCCCUCAGUAGUGACCCUAUUAACUUGGUGCUCAGGGUCAGGAACGAAAAAAGAGAACUUAAUGAUAUUCGUUUUGAAUUCAGCGUUGGACGAGACACAUCCGAGGGUGUGGCUUCGGAAUUAGUAGCUGCUGGUUUAGUUGAUGGUAGAGAUUUAAUUGUUAUUGCUACCAAUUUAGACAAGAUUACACAACAUCCUGAGAUGGGACAGAACCUCACAUUUAGAUUGAAUUCGGAUUGUGAAGCUAAUGAAGUGCCAGAUGAUAAGGCAUUAAUAGGGUUUGCUCAGUUAACAAUCUCUGACUGACAAGGUUGUGUGUGCUUCCCCAACACAUGGUCACCAGCACCAUCUCCUGCAUUUUGUCAGCAAAGUCCAAGGUGUCAGCCAGGUGGCUAAGCAACAGUCUUCAUGUGAUUUGUUAUGAUCAAAAAUUAAAUUUCAUAUUUUUUGUAGCAUACUGUAGUUCCUUUUUUUUUAUUAUUAUUUUUUUGAAGAGGAAAUUUGGUGACAGGAAAUUUUUGUGUAAACUGCGACAUAUUCUGUGAUGUUUAAAGGAAGUCUUGUCCUUCCUUAUAAGAGUUUUGAUUAGAUUUUAUUAUUUUCAUAUAGUGCAAUAAAGUUAACUUAGCACUUA